UUAAAGAACAGAAUUAAACAGCCAGGUGUGACUUCAUGAGUUAGCCCAGAGCUAAGUAUUAGCAUCUAAUAUGUUUAUUUUUGAAAGGAACCUGGACUAAUUGGUGGUGUGUAGUAAAAUAAUAUUAAGAGAAAUACUCAUUAAUAAUCUGCGGGUGAACAUGGCAGCCCAAACUGAGGUAUAGGGUUUUCAAAACAAAUGCAUGAAAUGUGUAGUUGAAAUUCUACAAAAGCAGGUCUGUCUGUAUAAUGCAUUUCGGAAGAUAUCACAGUCUUACGUUUAGCAGGUCAAAGCGAGCAUUCAAUCCUGGACUGCUUCCCAACAUCAAGGAGGUAAAACUGAAUCUACACUUUCACUCAUCACUACAGUUUGAAAAUCAUAAAGAAGUUGGUCUUUCUAUGCAGGUUUCUUCUUUUAAAUAACACACCUGCUUACCUUGCUAAAUCGGUGGCAACAACAAAGCAAAUCGGUGAAAAACAAAAAAAGAACUGACACGAAAAUCAGUCUGUCUUUGACAGAUCCUCGAUGGCUUCAUCUCCAUAACACUGGCACCAAUGCGAAAAAGGAAGUUCUUAAGUUAAACUGAGGCAAAUUAGUGAAAAGCCUCGUAGUGAGCGUGUUAAAAAUCACUGCAGCAGCAGCCGUCCUUUGUUCCUCCUGCUGUGGGCCUGCUGUCCUGACCGGCGCAUGGUCGCUAGGUGGCGCUCGUGCACCAUCAAAACCCUCCAGGUUUCCCAACUUGACCGCGCUGACGUCACGUCAGUCUGGAGCAUCAAGGCCACUUCCACCCCGCUAUUGGUCUGAAAAUCACAUGACAUGGCUCCUAGCGUCCAUAAUUAUGUUACUGAUAUUUUUGCACCCAACUCCGAAAGAUGUCAGCAUCCUACUGUCCUUAUUCUCCUGGAGAAAUCCCGUAGUUCAGACCAGUGGAACACACCAAAGAUUACUGUGUUGCCAAGUUCCACAAUGUCAUGCCCGAAUAACAUAGCGCCCGGUAACUUCCUGAUGGAUUCCUUAAUGGGAGGAUCAUCUUCCUUCAGUGGUGAGAGUUAUUCCAACAGCCCUGGAAUGUACAUCCACACAUCUGCAGAGUACGGAUAUCCAGUGAUGAGAAACACUGGGAAGGCUGGAUCGUCAUCACUCGCCAAAAGAAACGAGGUUCCUGUGGGCGGUGUGUCGCUCAGCGACUUCCAGGAUGCGCCCUACCUGGCAACACAGCUGGCCAAAUGGACCCCAGGCUCCAAAACCAGCAGGGACGAACAACCUGUUGCCCAGUGUUUACAACCCUGCUUGUUUCCAGCGGGCAACGUCAAAGAGGAGGCGUUUUGUUGCCUCUAUCAGGAUGACAGCAAUAAGAGAAAGCAGACAACAGAGUCAGCCACUUAUAUCCGGCUUGGGGACAAUAGCUGCCGCCCAGAGCAAUCUGCCGCCUCGUCCAGCGGCUGUUUCCAGGUGUACAUCGGAGAGAGGCCGCAGCAGGACGACCAGCAGCCCCCCUCCGGCUUCUCUCUGACCCACUUGGCUACAUCUGUUGCGUCGGCAGCAGAAUCAACAAUAAGCUGCAGCAAGUCGGCGCAGGAGGCAGCGAGAGAGGUUUCAAAGACAGAUGAGAGUCAGGGCAGGAAGGAAGCAAAAGACAAGGGUGACAGCUAUUCAGAUAACUCGGACGGGGAAAUAAAAGGUAUACUGCUACCCCCUGCUUCUCCCCAACACACAC